CCCGCUGCGGAGCUGACCGCGCGGCCGGCCCGGCAGCCACCCCGUCCAAACUCUCCGGAAGCGGCCCGGGCACACUGGGCGCUCAGGCCGCCCCAACUCCGGCGGACCCACUGUCAGACCGGAGGCGACGGCCCUCUUUCCGAGCCCAAACUUGGAGCCCUUGACCUUUGGGCUGUCGGAGGAGGCCGGCCCCCGAGUGCCUGGACAGCUGCGGCGCCUCGAGGGCACCCUGCCUGGAGUUCCAGGACCCACGACCGCGCUCCCGGCCUCCCCUCGGGGGUCCCGCGGUGUCCGCGUCGGGCGCCUGCUGACGGAGACCCCGGGCCAUGGGUCUGUGCGCGCGCCUCGCCCUGUGGCUCCUCUGGGGGCUCCUCCUGCACCAUGGCCAGAGCCUCAGCCACAUCCACAGCGAGAAGGCGACGGCAGCCGGCUCGGGGGCCAAUAGCGAGGAGUCCACGGCGGAAGUUCCUGAGGGAAGACCUCAAUUACCAUGACCCGACGGUGAAACACAACACCUUCCAUGGUGAGGAUAAGCUCAUCAGCGUGGAGGACCUAUGGAAGGCCUGGAAGUCCUCAGAAGUGUACAACUGGACCGUGGACGAGGUGGUGCAGUGGCUAAUCACAUAUGUGGAGCUGCCUCAGUAUGAGGAGACCUUCCGGAAGCUGCAGCUCAGUGGCCAUGCCAUGCCAAGGCUUGCUGUAACCAACACCACCAUGACAGGGACUGUGCUAAAGAUGACAGACCGGAGCCAUCGGCAGAAGCUGCAGCUGAAGGCCCUGGACACAGUGCUCUUCGGGCCUCCUCUCUUGACCCGCCAUAAUCACCUCAAGGACUUCAUGCUGGUGGUGUCUAUUGUUAUUGGUGUUGGUGGCUGCUGGUUUGCUUAUAUCCAGAACCGUUACUCCAAGGAGCACAUGAAGAAGAUGAUGAAGGAUCUGGAGGGGUUACACCGAGCUGAGCAGAGUCUGCAUGACCUUCAGGAAAGGCUGCACAAGGCCCAGGAGGAGCACCGCACAGUGGAAGUGGAGAAGGUCCACCUGGAGAAGAAGCUGCGAGAUGAGAUCAACAUUGCCAAGCAGGAAGCCCAGCGACUGAAGGAGCUGCGGGAGGGCACUGAAAAUGAGCGGAGUCGCCAAAAAUAUGCUGAGGAGGAGCUGGAGCAGGUUCGAGAGGCCUUGAGAAAAGCAGAGAAGGAGCUGGAGUCACACAGCUCCUGGUAUGCUCCAGAUGCCCUUCAGAAGUGGCUACAGUUGACACAUGAGGUGGAGGUGCAGUACUACAACAUCAAGAAGCAAAGUGCUGAGAAACAGCUGCUGGUGGCCAAGGAGGGGGCUGAGAAAAUAAAAAAGAAGAGAAACACACUCUUUGGCACCUUCCACGUGGCCCACAGCUCUUCCCUAGAUGAUGUGGAUCACAAAAUCCUAACGGCUAAGCAAGCUCUGAGUGAGGUGACAGCAGCUCUGCGGGAGCGCCUGCACCGUUGGCAGCAGAUUGAAAUCCUCUGUGGCUUCCAGAUUGUCAAUAACCCUGGCAUCCACUCACUGGUGGCUGCCCUCAACAUAGACCCCAACUGGAUGGGCAGUACACGUCACAACCCUGCUCACUUCAUCAUGACUGACGACGUGGAUGACAUGGAUGAGGAGAUUGUGUCACCCUUGUCCAUGCAGUCCCCAAGCCUGCAAAGUAGUGUCCGGCAGCGCCUGACGGAACCACAGCAUGGCCUGGGAUCUCAGAGGUUGGUAGAGGGUGAGGCUGGCCACUUCUUGACAAGCCGGGUAUCUCUGCGGCGAAUGCGCAGCCUUUCAUCUGGACAGUCUUUCAGUUCUGAAGGCCAUGGGACCAGCUCUCCAUCUGCCUCUGCUUCUCCUUCUUCCUGCUCCUCUACCACCACCACCACCACCGCAGCCGCCACCACCACCACCACCAUCCAUGUCCACCCUGUUUAUUACCACCAAAGCACUUCCUAUUUCCUCCAGAUGGAUCCCUCCUCUGACCCAUCCACUUGUGACAGCACCACUGUGAUGCCUGGGCAAUCAGAGAGCUUGGGGGAUUUGACCCAUUCCGAUUCGGAGUCCUCCCUCCACAUGAGUGACCGCCAGCGUAUGGCCCCCAAACCUCCUCAGAUGGCCCGUGCUGCAGAUGAGGCUCUCAAUGCCAUGACUUCCAAUGGCAGCCACCGGAUGAUUGAGGGGGUCCACCCAGGGUCUGCGAUGGAGAAGCUGCCUGAUAGCCCUGCCCUGGCCAAGAAGACUCUACUGGCGCUGAACCACGGGCUGGACAAGGCCCACAGCUUGAUGGAGCUGAGCCCCUCAGCCCCACCUGGUGGCUCUCCACCUUUGGAUUCUUCCCAUUCUCACAGCCCCAGUUCCCCAGACCCAGACAUGCCAUCUCCAGUUGGAGACAGCCGAGCCUCACAGGCCAGCCGAAAUACACGAAUUCCCCACCUGGCUGGCAAGAAGGCUGUGGCUGAGGAGGAUAAUGGCUCUAUUGGUGAGGAGGCAGACUCCAGCCCAGGCCGGAAGAAGUUUCCCCUCAAAAUCUUUAAAAAACCUAAGAAGUAGGCAGAAUGAGGGUGGCAGUGGCAGGACCGCUUAUCUUUCCCUGGUCUUCUGCCUCCCCUUUUCUGCCUUCUAAGAUACUGGCCCCUAAAGUGGGGCCUGGGAGGGGUUAGCAGGGGCCUGGGCACUGUAGAUACCUGCCCCCCUCAUCCUUGGGUCCUUCAACAUUAUUUAUUAACUGACCACCAUGGCCUGCCUGCCUUGCCUCCCUCCAACUUUGGGCUGCUGCUAUCACUCCCUCUCCACUUCAGUGCAUGUCUUAGUUGCUGUCCCCUCAGCUACCAGCUCCACCUCUGAGGUCCAGCUUCUGUCUCUGCUGUCCCAGUUUUGAGGUUUGGUUUCUUGUUUUCUCUGUCUCCUGCUUUCAGUCUCUUCCCUCCCACCACUCCCCAACGUCCCCUAGCAGCUAUGGGGUAAGAUAGGAGGAGUAACUUCUGACACCUGUGCCUCAGAUUUAUUCCACCCCACCUAUGAUGGUUCUCUUUGCCCCAAACUGGGUCCUAGGGCCUAAUAUUUGAGGUUUGUUUUUUGGGAAUGUUGUGAGCCAGAGGAAAUCGUGGCCUGGUGCUCACUCAGGCCUCCAGGAGUCAAUGGGGGAGUGAAACCAAUUCCCAGAGAACAAGCCACUAGAGAAUUAUAAAGAGAGGCCACGCUAAGGGAUAAAUCGGGAGAGACUUCUUAGUUGGAGGAGGAGUAGAUGCUAGAGUUAUGGGCCACAAGGCAGUCACUUUUUCUCUCUGCUCUCACCCACACCUGCCUCUCUCUUAUCCCUGCUCCCCCACACUGUAGGAGGGUUUGUCUAUAAGGGGUGCUGCCCAAAUGCUCCCCAAGCAUCAGUACUAGCAAUCAGGACAACUGGCUCCCCUGGCCAUGGGAGCCGCAGCCAUGAUACAGGUCUCUAAUGGGGCCCUGGAGCUGUUGGGCAGGAUGUUGUUGCAUUUGAACCACAAGACAGUUUAAAAUUGAAAAAAAGAAAUCUGAAUUUCCCAAGUGCCUGCACCACACACUCCCCUUACCAGAACCGUUUUCAUGUUACGGCAUACCCUGGGCCAGAGGCUCAAAAAGGACAGUCCAUUUAGGGAAGGGGGUGGCUAAGGAAGAUGGUGUAGGUGAAGGUGGCUAUGUGACCACUUCCUCCCACCCUUCCCACCCUUUAGACAA